AUGUCGCAAACAGCCCUCCCGGAACUGAGCUACACGCCUGGGGACUUGACGGAGCCGCAGUUCCGGUUGCCCUCGCACCAGCAGCUCCUCGACCAGAAGCGCGAUAGCUCCGACAACCUGCCCCUGAGCCGCCUCACGUUGGACACGAGGGAUACGCAGCCCAUCAAGUAUCGGGAGCAACUGGGCUCGGCGGCGGGUCGUCAGUUUCCCGCCUUGGCAGCGGCCCAGAAUCGCUACUCGGACCACUUGGAGCGCGGCAGUGAGCUCAGCUUUGGCGUUUUGGAGCCGGGCAAGGACCUCAUCUCACUGCCAACGGUGGGUGUGCGAAACUUUGACAGCGAUCCGGAUUUGAUCAAGAAAAUGCCGCUGCACUCGAUCACGGAGAAGCCGAACGAGCGGUGUCCAUCGCCGGUGGUGCCGGCCUACGCCAACUUCGAGCUGGCCAAGCGGAUGCACCAGGACAACCUGGACCACCAGCCGCUGCCCGAUUGUGUGGCCGAUUUGGCCUUCCGGCGGGCACAGAUCUCCGGCGGCCAUGCCGGCCUCGCCCUGGACAUCGAUCCCAUUGCCACGGGCGUGGGUGUGAAGACCCACAAUGCGGGGCCCACGCACUGCACCAAGAUGAAGGUGUUCCGCCCGAAGACCGGCGGCGGCAUUGUGCCCCGAGCCCUGGGCACCGGCGAUCCCUUCCGGGGCGUUGGCUCGGCGCCGGCCAAGAAAAUGGGUCCCAUGGAUCUGGCCAUUUGCUGGGACUUCAAGCCGGCCAAUCCCGCGGAUGAGCCGCGUCUGGCUAGGCACAUAGAUGGCUCCAAUGACUCGGCUGGGCCGGCGGUCUUUACCUGCGUGAAAACGCCGCGCGAGGAGCAGUCCUCGGAUCUGGGCAGAUCUGCCGGGGUCUUCACCAGCACUCUGGGUGAGGCGGAUUUCUUUGACAAGGACAUCCUACGGAAGAGGACGGAUUUCGGAGGAGCCCGCCUGGAUCGCGAGGAUCCGUGUGCCUGCGAUUACUCGCCGCCGGCCAGGCAGAGAGCACGCAGUGUCUCCCGGGACUCCAGUGCCUCGCAUUGCAGGCGAGGACCGGGCGUCGGAGGACCGAAUGGCGGCGUGAGCUUUGGCAACCUGGCGGAGCUACCAGGCCGCUCGAUGCCCGAUCGACUGGCCAAGCAGUACCAAUCGUCGCCCAUGCUGGGCGACAAGGCGUAUCAGGCUCUGCGGGAGAAGUACUUGGGUCCGGAGUCUGCACAGGAUUGCCAGCCGAUGGGCUGCAGGCCAACGGGAGAGCCACCUUGCAAGCGGGAUGUCCUGCUGCGCCGUCCUGCCCGCCGUCUUUGCCACAAGGUGGGCCCAGCUCCGCGCUGCUGUCCACCUGCGUUCGGGGGCCAUGGACAUGGUCAUUGCCUGCCCAGCAAGACGGCCUUUCGAGCCGGACUCCCGAAGCACAAUGCUUCCGGGGAUUUCGUGGGCAUAGAGCCGGGCUGUGGAGGAGGCGGCGGCGGAAGAGUCCUGGUCGUGCCACGCCCCCGACAGCCCUACUCUAAGAAGAACUACGACAUCGAGACCCUGGUGCCGCCCUUCCAGAGCCAAGCUGGCGGAGCCGGACAGGGCGGCUAUCCGGAGCACUGGCGCCUGGCCAGUGUCUACCAGCACGCCUACAAGCCCAUUGACCAGCGAAGGCGACCCCUCCUCCAAACAGUCUACAAGUAG